GUGACCUUAAAUUUUUUCAGAGAUCAUUAACAUUUGCUUCCUUUCCAAUUCUCCUCUCCUUGUUUCUUGUUGAAUCUCGACAACUCAUUCGGAAUCAUCUUCGUCCUCUCUAAAUACUGACCAGUUGUUGAAGUUCCAACAGUUUCAAUUCAGUAAUGGAACAAAAUAACCUGACUAUCAUUUGUUAGUAAUGGAAAGUUCUAAACCUGCUUUUUCACUAAAUCCUUUCCAUAGCCCAACUAAAGGACCGGAAGACUAUUCAACUAUGUCAGUUGGCAUCGGUCAAACUCAGACAGAUCAUCAAGGUAGACUAAUGGAAGAUUUCAAGACUCAAAAUACUGGUUCUCUUGGAAUUUCACGUAAUCAUCUUGAGAACAUAAUUCCUCAUCAUGGUUCUAGUCCGAAGCAUGGAGGUUCUGAUAUUGACCUUUUAGUAUCGCCCCGUGAGCUUGCUUUACCCCCUAUUGCUAUUGGAUCUCGACAAUAUACUGAAGAUACCAAUUCUAUUGUUAGUUCUUAUAUUAUGAAUGGUAGUAGCAAUAACAUCAUUUUGCCACCUUCUUCAAAUGAAGUUAAAUCGAGUGAGCUUGCCGUGCCACAUCUUGUUGAAUCUGCUCGAGAUACUUCCUUUGAUUCCAAAAGUAAUAAAUACACGACAUCACCCACCAGUCCUACUCAACCCCAUUCUGCGGCCAACAUUGAUAUUUUGCAUGGACAGAAGAGCCAAGGUGAUGAUUCUCUUUCGAAUUCUCAUUCACUGCUUGAUGGAAUUGGUUUAUCUUAUCCCGAGGCUGACCGUUCUAACGAGGCAGAAAUAGGAGAUGAUAAAACCGAAGAUCGUGUACCCCAAAUCAAAAAUUUUAUGCUGCCUCAUCAAAGGAUUAUCAAUUCUUCUGUUGAAUCUCCAAGAUUCAUUAAGCAACUUUCUUUUAAUAGAAUUCAUAUCGAUACAGCUGCACCUUUUGAAUCCGUUAAGGAAGCUGUCUCAAAGUUCGGAGGAAUUGUUGAUUGGAAAGCUCAUAAAGUGCAAAGCAUAGAGAGACGUAAGCUUGUAGAACAAGAACUCGAUAAAUUACACGUUGAGAUGCCUGAAUAUAAGAACCGGUUGGACGAAGCAGAAGUGGAGAAGUUUAAAGUAUUAAAGGAGCUAGACAGCGCGAAGAGAUUAAUAGAAGAACUAAAGGUGAGUCUCGAGAGAGCACAAACUGAAGAAGAUCAAGCAAGACAAGAUUCUGAACUUGCCAAGCUAAGGAUGGAAGAGAGGGAACAAGGGAUUGCCGAUGAGGCUAGCAUUGCAGCAAAGACACAGCUCGAGGUUGCUAAAGCGAGACAUGAAGCAGCGAUUGUGGAGCUGGCAACCAUUACCGAUGACUUGGAAGCACUACGGAACGAAUAUUCUUCUUUGAUAGUUGAGAGAGAUGUCGCGUCUAAGAGAGCUGAAGAAGCUGUUAACGCUUCGAGAGAGGUUGAGAAGACAGUGGAAUACUUAACGAUUGAACUGAUUACGACAAAGGAGUCAUUAGAAUCGGCACAUGCUGCUCAUUUGGAAGCAGAAGAGAAACGGAUUACGGUAGCUAUGGCUCGAGACCAAGAUACGCUCCAAUGGAAGAAGGAUUUAAAACAAGGUGAAGAGGAGUUGCAGAGAAUCAAUCAGCAAGUGAAUUAUGCAAAGGAGUUGAAAUCGAAGUUAGACACUGCUUCGGCUUUGUUACUUGAUUUGAAAGCCGAAUUAUCUGCUUAUAAAAUGAAGGAGAAAACUGAUGGACACUCGAACGAUGAGCUACCAACGGAAAUAAAACUUGAUACCGAUAUGCAAGCUGCAAUUGCUUCAGCGAAGAAGGAACUUGUAGAGAUGAAGAACAAUAUCAAAAAAGCCAAAGCGGAAGUCGAAACUUUGAAGGCGGCUGCUAAUUCAUUAAAAUUGGAGCUUGAAAAGGAAAAGUCUAAGCUGGAAAGUACUCAAUCGGAAGCCGCCCUAUUACAGACAGAGAAGACACCUGCACCGCUAAAACCACUGCAGGAGGCUACACAAGAGGCUGAGAAGGCAAAGUCGCUUGCUCAAAUGACUCGUGAAGAGUUCAUCAAAGCAAAGGAAGAAGCAGAGCAAGCGAAAGCCGGAGCAAGUACUAUCGAGAGUAGGUUACUUGCCGCUCAAAAGGAAAUCGAAGCUGCUAAUGUUUCGGAGAAGUUAGUUUUAGCUGCCAUUAAAGCAUUACAAGUGAACGAAUCGGCUCAAAACAUCGGCAAUGCGAAUUCGCCCCAAGAGAUAACAGUUUCCUUAGAAGAGUAUUACCAGCUCAGUAAACGUGCAUACGAAGCCGAAGAAAAGAUCGAAAUGAGGAUGGCAGCAGUCCAUUCUCGAAUCGAAGCAGCUAAGCAAUCACAAUCGAAAAGCUUGGAAAAGCUAGAAGAACUAAACAAAGAGAUGGCCGAAAGAAAAGAAGCACAAAGAAUCGCUAUGGAGAGAGCCGAUAAGGCCAACGAAGGUAAGUUAAAAAUAGAGCAGGAGUUGAGAAACUGGAGAUCUGAACACGAACAACAACAAACAGACACGGAACCAAACCACGGAGAAAACAUUCCACCAAUUACGGAGGAAAAGAAAGAAACCGAUGACACUGAGCCUGCACCUCCACCUGCGGCUCCUACCGCUAAUAUGAAUGACACACCCCCGGAACCAAAACCAAAGAAAAAGAGAAAGUCGAUCAUCCCAAAGAUAUUCAUGUUUUUGUCCCGAAGGAAAUCGAAGACCUCGUAGAUCAUCGAUGAAGCCACUUUGUUAUGUUUGCUGCCGUGAUUUCGCCUCCCAUUUUUUUUAAACUGGAUUUGUCACAGCUGCUAAAAUUUUGUUUACGCAUUGAGUGUAAAUUCUAGUGAUUAUUUUGAUUUACCAUAAUGUUUGAGAUUAAUAAAGAUAUUUGGUUCUA